GUUAUGCGUUUCCAUCCUGCAUAUACCACCAGCAUCACCACACGUCCUUCUCUAGCUUCCCCCUCCCCUUUCUACACAAAUGUUGCAACACAAUCUGAAAUUUCCUCUUUUCUUUCCUUCCUGCAUUUCUUACAGGUUCCUUUGCGUCAGAAGGCAAAAAAGAAAAGUCAAGGGUUCUUUAUAAUGAGCCGACGGAGGAUAUCGUGCAAAGAGCUGGGGCAAGCUGAUUGUCAAGGAUGGCUCUACAAAAAGAAGGAAAAAGGAGCUUUCAUUGGCAACAAAUGGAAAAAGUUCUGGUGUGUGCUAAAGGAGUCAUCACUGUAUUGGUACAGCAGUCAGCUGGCUGAAAAAGCAGAAGGAUUUAUAAGACUUCCAGACUUCAGUGUGGAUCGAGCAAUUGAAUGCAAAAAAAAGCAUGCUAUUAAGAUCAGCCACCCACAGAUCAAGACAUUUUAUUUUGCGGCAGAAAAUGUUCUGGAAAUGAACACGUGGCUAAGUAAGCUGGGAAUGGCUGUAGACCCUCAGGCACCAAAUGGGAAGAACGAGGAAGAAUGCUACAGUGAAAGUGAACAUGAUGAUCCAGAAAUAACAGACACACCACCUCCUCCCUACACAGUCCAGACAUCACCUCCUCCUUCGAAGGAUCAGCAGAAGUCAUCAUUCACCUCAAUGCUGUCAAGUGAAGCAUCUUGUUCUCUCUCCUCUCCUGAAAGCACUUUUAACUCCCAAGAAUCAUCGUCUUCCUUGACAUCCAAAGUGGUUUUUUCUGAGAGGCAGUCCUGGCUUGACCUGGUUAACAGCUCUGCCACGGAAGAAGGUGAUCAGCCUUUAACGUUCUGCGUGCAGAUUCAUUCUGAUGAGCUGCCAGAAGUGGUCUGUGGAGAUGCAGCAGAGAGACAGGAAGUCCGGCUUUCUGAACCCAAUGGUGGCUCCCAAACCUCUUACUUAAGUGCAGAUACACAUUGUCUAGCUGUGCCAGAUGCAACAGGACAGCGAUCACUUGCCAAAGACCAGGAAAAAUGUGAUGAUGAUGACGAGAUGGAGAGACUUUACAAGUCGUUGGAGCAAGCAAGCCUGUCUCCCAUUGGUGAUCGUAGACUGUCAACUAAGAAGGAGCUCAGGAAGUCAUUUAUCAAGCGCAGCAAAAAUCCCUCCAUUAAUGAGAAACUCCACAAAAUUCGAAUGCUGAACAGCACAUUAAAGUGUAAGGAACAUGACUUGGCCACAAUUAACCAGCUGCUAGAGGACCCAAAGUUGACAGCAGUGAAGUACAGAGAGUGGAGGAGCACAAAUAUCAUGCUGGUCCAAGAUAUUUAUCAGCAACAGGAGGUCCAGGACAUGUCCACAGAGAAUUGUGAGGAGCAAGAGAUGACUCCACAGCCAAUCACUGAAAGUGCUAUUUGAUCAAUGACACAUGGCAAGAUCUUUCUCCCUGGGUCUUCACGUACAAGCAAUUUAAGCUGCUGUACUGGAGGUUUGUUUUUCGCAAGUGUGCUUCAGAAGGAAAACAACCCACUCUCCAAAGUUUUGAAUGCUCUUUCAGAACUUAUUUAAUGUCAAAAGGGCAAGUUCACCAAGGUAAAAAAGCAUGCCUGAACUUGGCCUGUGCAUGUAAGUCGACUACUUAACAAAAGAGGCAAAGAAAUGUUUUUCAGUUUUUGGAGAAGAAAAUUGUAAGUGUCCAGCUCCUGGAGGACACAGAACUAUGGAAUGUGUACUGUAUAAAUAUGAGAUCCUUGGGAUUGUUUUAACCAUGCAACUUACCUUGAAGCUAAACUGAUACCGACAGGAUGUAAUCUACUCUACUUUUACCCUCUACGGUAACCCGAUGUAUGCAUUUUCAUCUCUGCACCCAUUUACUUUCACCACUCUACCAGUUUAAACUGAGAUAAGUAGAAGAGUAAUUAUGCAUUAAUUGAUACUAUAGACAGCUGCCAGGCACCCACUUUGGGCUCUGCCUGAUGUUUAAUGAGUUUCAAGUUUAUUUAUGGUCCAGACCAAGAAGGUACUGUCUUUCUACAUGAAGAAGAGGUCUCUCAGUUUUGCUAACAUAUAAUUUACUCUUCAGUGAGACAAGUUUCAACUUUUUUUACGGACUUGGAAGAAUUCCUUGGAAGAUUAUGUUCUGCUUUCUUAUUUUUGACAACUGGGAGUAUACAAGGUACAAGCUCAUCCCAGAGUCCAGCUUAAGGAAGGUGAUCAAGUUCACAAGGCAGAAGCUAAAUAACUAAACUCCUAAUGUGGACCUGGAAGUGUAAAACAAAGCUGCAAAUAUUUUUGUAAAUAUAUGUAAUUUUAUGGCUUAUAUGAAUGUGACUAUGUACUGUAUAGAUGUUUUAUUUAUAUAUUUAUAUAUGCUGAAUUUCCUAAUAUAAAUAGGCACAUGUGGACCAAGGCCACCCAGAUGCGAGUGCUUACAGAUUGACUUGAAAUGCCUCUUUGUUUUGUGUUCCAUUAUGGAUCACAGUAAUGGCUCUACAGCUGAGACUGCCCUGAGACAUGUGCUGUGACUCUUUCUUCUGCUUUUAUAGCUUUGAGUUUUAGGUGAAGAAAAUCUGUUCAAUUUAGGGUCUAAAAAAAAGGUUUUCUAGAAAGUUUCAAGAUUUCCCUUUGGGAAAACAAAAAUAAGAGGUUUUGCUGCAGGAUCAUGAUAUUUUGGCUUCAUUGUCCUCAGUACAAGGUUUUGGGUUUUUGCCUUCCCCUCUUCUGAAGUAUAAGGAAUUUUGCAGGGUGUUGAAUUUUGAAAAGGAAGAAUUACCCCACUAUCCUCAAAUUAAUGCCACUACAGCAACUGUGACAAUCUGCACUUCUGUGGAUAUUUCAUAAAGAUAUUUUUUGUCAUUGGUUUUCAAUACAGUUUAUCUUUUAAAGCAAAAUACACUAUAGAGAUGCAGCCAUAUUCAUUUGUCUUUACACAUUAUGUGUUUUAUCAUAGCUUGACUGAGAAAAAAGGUAAUGGUGUUAGUGGGAACAUGUGAAAUCUUUUCCACCUGUGUAGUAAUUAGUUUGACUGUUGAUAUUGCAUUUUUAAUACUCAGCAGCUUUUCUUUUAAAAUAGAGACAUGGAAAUAGAUGAAAAUGACUAAAUGGGGAAGCAGACAGAAAACCCUGGAUAGUUACAAAGCUAUUCUUUUCAGGAAAUCAUCAUAUAAGCAGUGAUUUCAUCACUAAUUCUAAUUAGAAGUUAAACAAGCUUAAUACCUGAUGUAAUUUGGUUUAGAGUAAUUGCAUCUUAAAAAGGGAGCCCAUUUUUAGGAUACUUUUUUUGUUUGUUUGUAUGGAUUUUUUUAAAAAUAAUUCUUCCACCAUUCCCAUGGAAAUGCUGUCAAUUAACUUCUGAGAGCACCCUGAAAAUUAGGAGUGUAGGGAUUAAUCUACUUGGUCCAUUUCAUUUUUAACUACCUGGUGCUAAGUAAUUGAUAAGUACUGGAGGUCAAAUUAUAUGUACAUUUUCUAUCACACAUGUGAGUUUCUCACGAAACAAAGCAUGUAAACACCAUUUUUCUUCAAAAGCAUCUUCACUUAAAUGUUGAAAAGAAGCACAUGCUUAAGUGGCCUGUUCAGCUGGGCCAGACAAGUCAGUGCCUUGCAGUUCUGAGCAAAGUCCUAGUCAACUCCUUUUGCUGAAGUAGAUUUGCAGUAUACAAAGAAAAGCGCUAUGUGGCCUGUACGUGCUGUGUUGGCUCUUUUCACACUGUACUUGUACAAGCACAUACACAACAGCCUUCCCAAAUAGACAAACAAAUGCCCUUGGACUGCCCAAGCUCUUCUAUUGGUUCUGAUGGAUUACAUAGCCUAAAAUUGCUUUUAAAUUACUCUCUUUCAGAUGGUCAGUAGAUAAUUACUCUUGAACUAUUGAGGCUUUGGCGACCUGCUGAGAAUGGGCUCUAUCACCUCUUAGAAAAGAACAUAAAAUUCUUGAAUGGGGUUACUUUAAUCCAGUUAUAAUUUUAACAAAUUUCUGUGUUCAGGAAAACAAAUGUAUGGGUUUUAUGCAAGUACUGUGCAGGAAGUCUAACUCCACUCUCUUCAGCUACUAUAUAGACUCAAAAAAAUGAAAAGUGUGAAAAAUGCAAAGUGAAAAUUGCAGUAAAACCGGAUUAAUUUUCUGGCAUUACUAAUUACUGUGACAGUUUUUGCCUGGGUUUAUCACAAGGGGUUGCCCAGCAGCGUGAAAGCCAUAAUCAGAGACAGAAUUAUGCACAAGCUGACAGCUACAGCGGGGAGCCACCUCAACAGGAGAAAUUUGGACAAGUUCUUGCUCUGCGCAGUGAUGCUUGGAGUAAUUGGUGUUUCUUGGUCUGGAUUUGGAAGACCUGCGCUAUUGACUCAUAGCAUAGGGAGCUGUGCAUCCCUAGUGUGUGAAUGUCAAGAAGCCUUCAACCCUCUGCCUCAAGGGACUUGCUUUGUGUACUUUUUCAGGAGAAAGUAUGUGUGCAUGGAUAUGUGCACGUGCACAAUUUUUCCUCUGUCAGUAAAGCCAGCUGGUGCAGUAAAUGCAACAAUGGAGAUUUUAACAAUAUCUAGUAACAAUAUCUAAUUUCAACUCUUUCUGCAGCUUUUCUGGAAUUUGAAUCUCUCUGUUCUGGUAGUGUACAUCUCAUGAGAUACCAGAAUGAGGUGGGAUCACAUUUCCUUUCCUAUAAUGGAAGAGAUUUCAUCUGGGGAUUGUGAAUAAUUUUUACAUCUAGCUCUGAUGAUUCAAUAAAUACUAGGGUUUCACCUUGUCAUGGUUUUAAGUCCAGCUGGAGAUGAAGCACCAUGCAGUUGCUUGCUCAGGCCCCCUCUCUUUUCCCUCCCCAUCCUGGUGUAAUGGGGAGGAGAACUGGAGGAGAACUUGUAUGCUGAGACAAAACCAGUUUUAUAAUUUAAAAUAAAGUAAAACACAAUAAUAAUGGUAAACAAUAAUAAUGAUAAUAAAAAGGAAAGAAACCUGAACAAGUGAUGCACAAUGCAAUUGCUCACCACCCACUGACCUGCCAGAUCCCUCUUCCCAAACCCAGCUCAGGCCCCCCUUCCAGGUAACCCACCUGGUUUAUAUACUGGGCAUGCUGCUCUGUGGUGUGGAACAUCCCUUUGGUCAGUUUGGGUCACCUGUCCCAGCUAUGCUCCCUCUAGUUUGUAUUUUGUGUACUUCCUCACUGGCAGAGCACAAGACAAGGGAAAAAGUCCUUGACUUAGUAUAAACACAACUUAGCAAACAACCAAAAUAUCAGCGUGUUACCAAUACCACUCUCAUUUGGAAUCCAAAACACAGCAUUGUACAGCUACUGAAGAAGAAAUUAACUGUACCCUAAAUGAAACCAGGAAUAAACAGGAAUAAAUAACAUGCUACUUCUCUUUUUUAUGCAAAUAAUUUUAAUUUUGGAGGAAACCUUCAUAUUGAGAGAAAAGGCUGGUUUGGGACAGCCAAAGAGGGAGGGGAAGAAAAAAUGUGAUGGUAUUUGAUUUAAAACUGUGUGGAAAUUCAGAAUUUAAAAUUAUUUCUUACUUGGAAAAAUUAUGGGGUGUUACAUCUAUUGUGUGAGCCUGUAAGCUUACAUGUCUAUUGCAGAUUUAGUAUAAAAACCUGUAGUUUUAAACUUUUCAGGUAGCAAAGGAGCCCAUGUAAGCAUGCAUCUAUGAGAGGAACUCCAUGUGUUGUGGCUGGGGUUUGGGCUUUGGGCUUUUUUUGCUGUUUUGCUUGUUUAGUCAUACAAAAGUAACCAAUUGUAAUGAUGGUCCGGGCUUACUUCAUUUAUAUGAGACAUGUCUUUCUGUCUAACAGGAAGCCAAAGUGGUUUUCUUAUAGUAGUAGAGCCAAAGUGGAAUUUCCUGUUUUGUGUGGGGCAUUUCAAAGCAGCAGACAUUUUAAGAUGUCAGUGAGCAUUUCCUUGAUGCUUGAAGAUUUAUCCCAUUUUGGUUUGCUUCACGCUGCAACAUUCUUGCAUUUUUUAAAAACUGCCUUCAUUAUGAACUGAAACAAAAUUUGAGGUGAAAAAAGGAAAACAGAACAGAAAAAGCUCUGAGCUAAGAUCGUGCUGACAUCCACAUCUCUGCGUAGGGUAAUGGGAGCUAAGUUUGCCAAAAGCUAAGAAUUUCAACACUCAGAAAAGAUUGUAAAGUGUUGAAAAGAAUACUACAUUCCUUGAAAUUCACUGUGGGAGAAGUUCCAAGACCUGUCUGCUCUGGAAAAAUGAAUAUUUUCCUAAUUUGUUUCCUCCUGAUCAAAAUCCAGAGGGAGUGGUUUAUAAGCUGGCAGCAAGCUAAAGAUGAAAUAUGCAUGUAAUUCAUUGAUAGCUCAACAGCGUUGAUGUAUGAUCUGGAAAUGAUGGACUUUAGAUGACUCAGCCUGUAACACACAAAAUCUAUUUCUUUGGGAAAGCACUGUAGCUACCAGUGUCUGUUGCUUAUGCACCCCAUCUGGUCCACAUGAGGUCCAUUUUGAGGAUGUAGGUGAAUGGCCUUUCUAUAAGGAAAAUAUCUUGUGUCAUCAUACCAUAGCUUAGGAACCACUCCCUGUAUCCUAGAUACCUUAGGACCUGCCCAAAUUAUUCUGACUCUUGAAGUUGCUUAUGGCAGUUUUAUCUUCUCCCAGCUAAAAAAAAAAAAAAAAAAAAAAAAGGAUAUGAAAACACAUCUCCCACUCCCACAUGAAAAAAAAACUAGCAC